UCGGAGAAUAUUUUAAUACAUUUCCAGUUGUCUUCGUUCAGAAUGUAACUAUCAAUAAUCUAUUUAAGUCAGCAAGGGCUCAUAUGGCGAAGGUUGCUGGUGUUAUUAGUGUUAUUAGUGUUAGAGGUUGGAAUGGUUAA